AUGUUGAAUUCAACACGAGUUUCAUAUUUCAUCUUUAGUGCUUACUUUGAUACCAAGAUGUUGAAAUAUUUCAUCUUUCUGAUCAUCGUGUGUUUGUAUAUUUUAAUACUUGUCUGCAACGUUCUGCUGAUCGUGGUCAUCUGUGUGAGCAGGAGUCUGCAUGAACCCAUGUACAUGUUUCUGUGCAGCCUGUUUGUGAAUGAGCUGUACGGAAGCUCAGGCUUGUUUCCGUUCCUGCUGGUCCAGGUUCUGUCGGACGUUCACGUCAUUUCUGUUCCGCUCUGUUUCCUGCAGGUCUACUGUGUUCAUACGUACUUUUCUGUAGAGUUUUUGAACUUAGCCGUGAUGUCUUAUGAUCGAUAUCUGUCCAUUUGUCAUCCUCUACAGUACAACAAUCGAAUGGCAGUCAACAAAGUUGCCGUUCUCAUUGCAGUGGUGUGGUUCGGUGCAUUUUCUGGCGUUGUUACGGUAAUAUCUCUGAGUUUCUCUCUGCAGCUGUGUGGAAACAUCAUUAACAAGGUUUUCUGCAUCAACUACUCCAUUGUUCAACUGGCCUGCUCUGAUACUACGAUCAAUAAUGUCUAUGGGCUUAUUUCUGUUUACCCAGUUAUUUUUAUUAUUGUUGCAUUAAUUAUUUACACGUACGUCAGGAUUCUUAAAGUCUGCUUCUCCGGCUCUAAGCAGACCCGACAGAAAGCUGUGAGCACAUGCACGCCUCACCUCGCCUCUCUGCUCAACUUUUCUUUUGGAAUUUGUUUCGACGUCUUGCAGAGCAGGCUUGACGUGAACAAUGUUCCAAACUUUGUAAAAAUACUUUUAUCCUUGUAUUUUAUGACAUGUCAGCCUCUUUUUAACCCGUUAAUGUACGGCCUGAAGUUGUCCAAAAUACGCAGCGUGUGGAAAAGUCUGUUUUCGGUUAAAUUAAGAUAA